UAUACUUCACUUACUCUAGUUGAAGAAGAAUAUGAUGAAGAUAACAUAAAUUUGGAUCAAAAUAAUGAAGGAGAAAAUGUGAUAAAUAAUAAAAAAAUAAGCACAAAAGCUAUGCAUGGAGAGCUUCUGGAAUAUACUGAAGGUGGCAAGAUAGAAAAGAAGAAUAUUCCAAAAAUUCACACAAUAAAAAAUUGGUUAAAUUCAUAUGCUCAAGCCUUUAAGAAAAGG